CGGUGCCAAGUCAUCGCCACACAGUCGUCAUCGUAGACGGCGUGAUGUCUCUUUCUUUUUCCACUAUUUUUGGGUUAAACAUUGUCAACAACUUGGUUGAGUACAGUUUAAGUUGGUCGUAAUAAACACAAGUUUUUUUUCUUGUCAGUUUAGUGGGUCGUGAUUUAUAUAAGGGUUUGACGCAAAGUUGCUCAACAUUUGUGGAGGUUUAACCAACAUAUUUAGAAAAUUUUAUCAAACAGAUGGUUUCAAUGAAAAUAAUAAUGUUUUUUUGAUUAGACAAGCAAGGAAACUCUAAUUUACCCCUAAAACUAAACAAAAAGGAAAACAACUCAAACCUUGUGCGUCAUCACGCGUCGUGUUUGAACGACACAUCGGAAACCUCAUAAAACGUGCUUGUAUAAUACCUUUUAUGAGCUUGAUAAAACCAUGUAACAGUCAAAUAUCUUAGAUCUGGUUUACGACACACAGUCACAGAUGAAUAUCUGUUUCAUCGGAAGUAAAUAUGUAAAUUUAAAAUGACUUUUUUUAGUGUGUUUAGGUUAUUUCCAUCAAAUGCAGCAUCAGAAUGACAAAACAUGUUGCUCUACUUUCAUCCAUGACCUUUCGUUGUGAAUUUUUAAUCAAGCCUAACGGUAAAAUAGUUCCUCAGCACCGGCGCUUCUAUCCUACGAUGAUUUUCAAAAAAUCAAGGCCGACUAGAUUUGGUGAAAUGAGCUAAUGCUUAAUUCAUGCAAGAUCGUUAUAAGAUCUGUCCACCGCCUACUGUCUUGCCGUCGAAAGUAAAAGUAGGAGAAGGCCUCAACCUUUCCUCACUGCGCUAGGUUCAACUCCGAAUUCAGUCUAGUCUGGACUGUGGCCGGAGUUGGUCGGUUAGCUAAAAAGUGAUCCUCGCGAUGGCCGUGGCACUGAUCGUACUGCUCGUGUGUGUUCUGCUGCUGUGCAUUGGAUACGUAAAGUAUCAGUACUCGUACUGGUCCCGACGGAAUGUUCCGUUCAUCGAGCCCCGGUUUCCGUACGGUAACUUUGCCGACGCGAACCGGAAGUCGAUCGCGGACGUCGCGAUCGAGCAGUACAACCAGAUGAAGAACAAGGGACGGUUCUUUGGGUUGUACUUUUUUCUUCAGCCUCUGGUGAUGAUCACCGAUCUGGAUUUGAUCAAGACGAUCUUCAUUACGGAUUUCACCUACUUCCCGGAUCGUGGCGUGUACCACAACUUCAGGGAUGAUCCACUGAGUGCCCAUCUGUUCAGUUUGGAAGGAAACAAGUGGCGAUCGUUGCGCGCGAGGUUAACUCCCACGUUCACGUUGGGCAAGAUGAAGAUGAUGUUCCCGACGCUGAAGGCGGUUGGAGACAAUCUGUCGGAAUACCUAUCAAAAGCGGUUGGCAGUGGGACGGAGUUGGAGCUGAAGGACUACAUGGUGCGGUUCACGAUGGAUGUGGUGGGAAAUUGUGCGUUUGGGAUCGAGUGCAACAGCUUUCUGGAGCCGAACAGCGAGUUCAGGAUGUGUGGCAAGGAGUUUUUCGACAGUCCGAGACAUUCGACGAUGAUGCGAUUGUUUUUGAGAUUGUUCCCAGAGUUGGGUCAGAAGUUGAGGAUCAAGUGGCUGAAUGAUCAUGCGGCUGGGUUCUUUUACAAGUUGGUGAGGGACACGAUCGACUACAGACAGAAGAACUCGGUGGAGAGGAAUGAUUUUAUGAGCUUGUUGAUCGCGAUGAAGAAUAAGGGAGAGCUGUCGAUGGACGAGACCGCUGCGCAGUCGUUCAUCUUCUUCCUUGCUGGCUUUGAGACGUCCUCAUCUAAUCAGACAUACUGUUUGUACGAGUUGGCCAAGAAUCCGGAGUACCAGGACAAGGCUCGAGAAUGCGUACUGAAUGCGUUGAAGAAGCAUGGUGGGGUGACCUACGAAGCCGUCUCCAAUAUGCAGUACCUGGAUCAAUGCAUCAACGAAACAUUCCGUCUUUACCCCUCGGUCCCCGUUCUGGAGCGGAAGGCAUUCCGGGACUACAAAAUUCCCGGCACGGACGUGAUCAUCCCCAAGGGCAUGAAGGUCCACGUGCCGUCUUUUGCGAUCCAUCGUGACGAGCAGCACUACCCUGACCCGCUGCGAUUCAACCCAGACCGGUUCCACCCGGAAGAGGUUGCCAAACGGCAUUUGUGUACCUUCCUGUCGUUUGGUGAAGGUCCACGCAUCUGCAUUGGAAAGCGCUUUGGAAUGCUGCAGUCCAGGGUGGGUCUGGCGAACGUGCUGAGCAAGUUCCGGAUCUUCCCCUGCUCGAAGACGGCUAUUCCGUUGGAGUACUCGACAAGGUCGUCCGUGUUACAGCCUAAGGGUGGUUUGUGGCUGAGGCUUGAACCUUUGUAGAUGUUAAGUAUUGUUUUCAGGA